AGAUUCUUUAAAGUUUUGACACAAUAAUUCAUUUCUAAGGUGCUUAAAUACUCCCAUUUUCUCAAUCGUUUAUAGCAAAAACAUAUUUGAAGUAAUUAAAAAAAAAAAUGACAUCAUCCAUUUCAUCUUCUUCCUCAUCAAUUGAACACACACUUUUACGACCUCAGAAGUUUGGUGAUCAGCUCAUCAAUGGCGUAUCAUCUGUAUCUGUGAAGAAGAGUUGUUUGGUCUCCAUACGGUGUCGUUUUAAUCUCCCCUAUAGAAAUUCUGGUUAUAGUAGUAGGUCAAGAAGGGCUGGGGUGAGUAGCAAUGCAGAGGUAGUGAGUACAGGAACACCAAUAUCUGUACCGGUUCGUGUAGCUCAUGAACUUGUUCUAGCGGGCCACAACUACUUGGAUGUCCGGACUCCGGAAGAGUUCACUGCUGGGCGUGCACCCGGGGCUGUAAACAUCCCUUACAUGUUACGACUUGGUUCAGGGAUGACAAAGAACCCCAAUUUCCUACAACAAGUGUCAUCACUAUUUGACAAAGAGGAUGAAAUCCUUGUUUGGAAAGAGAUCACUUAUGGCUGCUAAUGACCUUCAAUCCGCGGGUUACACGGGCAUUGUCGACAUCGCUGGUGGUUAUUCUGCUUGGACCCAAAGUGAACUCACAACCGAAGUUUAAUACCAAUCAUUAUGAUUAUUAACUAAUUAAUACCACUAAAUGUAGUGCACAUCGCAUGUAAACUACUGUAUUAAGUUGUACAUUUUCAAACAUCUUUCUGUAAGCCUUGAGCUAACAACAUAAUUCUAAUGUCCAUACCAAUAUAGCCUUCAGCUCUA